UACGCACCAAACGCGGCAUUCCGCGUGACGUAGCAAAAAAGAAAACAAGAAACGUUGUAAAGCCCCGUCGAUGACGUCAUCGCGCACUAAUAAAGCUCUCGACGCCGGAGCGCGAUGGACCUUUCGCGCCAGCAGCUCGCCGCAGGUGAAGAGACCUUCCCCGAGGACGACGUCACAAUGGCCACCUCCAUUCCUCACCUCGCUCAUGAGGCGCUGUUUGUGCGCAGCACGGAUCUUCCCACGCACACCCCCCGCGUGCGCGGAUACGAUUUCAGCGGCGGCGUUGAUCACCACGCACUGCUCGGCAGCCUCCUGACGACGGGCUUCCAGGCCACUGCGUUUGGGCAGGCGGUGCUGGAAGUCAACCGCAUGAUCGCCAAACGCAAAGAGCCUAUCCCUGAGGAUCAAGAUGGUGAUGGCGAUGAGUUGGUCGUGAGGGCCUCGGAAUCAUCUAACGAGAAACCUCUCAAAAAUUGCACCAUCUUCCUCGGAUACACUUCCAACAUGAUCUCAUGUGGAGUGCGGGAGUCCCUGAGAUUCUUGGUGCAGCACAGCAUGGUGGACGUGAUUGUGACGACGGCCGGUGGAAUAGAGGAGGACCUGAUUAAGUGCAUGGCUCACACCUUCGUGGGGGACUUCGCACUCAAGGGCAAGGACCUUCGUCUAAAGGGGAUCAACAGAACUGGCAAUCUCCUUGUACCCAACAAUAACUACUGUCUGUUUGAGGACUGGGUGAUGCCCAUAUUGGAUCAAAUGUUGUUGGAGCAAACGACUCAGAGCAUGAAGUGGACUCCAUCUAAGAUGAUCGCUCGUCUAGGGAAGGAGAUUGACAACCCGGAUUCCGUGUGCUAUUGGGCUUACAAGAAUAACAUCCCAAUCUUCAGCCCAGCAAUCACAGACGGCUCCUUGGGAGACAUGCUCUACUUCCACUCAUACCGCAACCCAGGCCUAAUUUUGGACGUCAUCGAAGACAUCAGAUUGAUGAACAACCAUGCUGUGCAUGCGAAGAACACGGGGAUGAUUAUUCUCGGAGGUGGUGUAAUCAAACACCAUAUUUGCAAUGCAAAUCUUAUGAGGAACGGUGCCAACUUCUCAGUGAACAUCAACACCGCCCAGGAGUUUGACGGCUCCGACUCGGGGGCCAGACCCGAUGAAGCUGUAUCCUGGGGCAAAAUCAGCAUCACUGCCAAGCCCGUCAAGGUUUAUGCGGAUGCUUCCCUCGUGUUCCCUCUCCUCGUGGCCGAGACGUUCGCUCGUGAACAUUUUUCUUUAGAAUCUUCCAAGGAGCCUGGUGAAUAGCCUGGACAGAGGGGGCUGGGGAAGGUGGGAGUUGGGGGGACAGAGGAGGAGACAGGAGAAAGGCGGAGUAGGGAUAGAUGACAGUUUAACACGUAUGCUUUCGCAAUCAAUAUCCAUAACAAUGUGGGUUUAAUCUCCAAUUAAUGGGCAUGUUUUGUUUACGGGAUAAACCUUACUAAUUGGCUGUCGGGUGCUGUCGGGUUUAAUGGGAUUCAUAUUUAUGCAAUCUAACCAAAAAUCUUUUUUUAGGGAUAGAUAAGAGAGGGGAGAGGAGAGCGACUUUGGGAAGAGUAAAUGUUCGUUGGGUUUAUAUUUGGGUUGUUAACCUUAAACUUUGUAAAUAUGUUUUAAAAAAAUAUUUCAGCAGGUAGUUUAACUGCUGAUGUUUUAUUGGAGUUGCUUUCCAUGAGAGUUAUGUUUAUGCUGCUUCAGUGACACAAGCACGGGUAUGGCCAGCACCACGCCUGGCCACCUUUGUUUGCCCAGUGUUGAUGUUUACCCAUUGCACACAGUACUCAAUUUAAGGGCGAGUGGACCUUCAAUCAGUUUAUUUAUCACAAAAAACAGAAGCAUUGCAACAAAAACAAAGAUGAUGUAAUGAAUGAUUUGAAAGGAGACAGCGAGGUGAAACGAACUCGAUUGAGCAAAUAAAACAACACCAUCAUGAGAAUGUGAAAAGUAACAGCGAACGGGUUAGGUACAGUCUAACUGCAUUCUGAGCUGGGAGUAGUUUGAAAUGAUGAGAGAGGUCUGGGAUCUAGGACUAUUAAUGCAAUAUGCUAACUACUAAACUAUAAAGUAUUGUUAUUUUACCAGGUAAGACCCACUGAGCUAUAUAGCUUUUUUUCAGAAGCGACCUGCCCAAAAUUGAUAGUUCAAUGAGAAGUGAAUUACGUUCAAAUUUAUAACAGCCAAAUAUUCAAAACACAUGUUUGAAAAUGUGGAGGGAAAAACCGGAGGACCCGGAGGGAAAUCCACCUCCAAAUAUACAGGCGUCAGGGUCAGGAUCGAGCCCACGACCUAUAUACCAGGCGAGGUAGUUAAUAUCUCACCACUAAACUCGUAUAAACACACAAAUCUAGUCUGAAGACUCAAAGUAAUUUCAGCAAUUCCUGAAGAAGGCCAGUCAUCCAAAACAUCAGUCUUUGUCCUCUGACAGUACAAAUAUCCUGUUCUAUUUUUUCUUCAUCAUAGCACUCGCAUUUGUCACUUAUUUGCAGUGUAUGAAAAACACUAAGCAAGUAAUGCCACGGUUAUUUCACUCGUUUCACAUUGCUAUGUUGAAUAACGUAUUCUUUAAUGACUAGCUCUACAAAGCUUCCCCCCGUGUGUGACAGUCUGAGACACAGCGUGGGUGUGAGGCUACUUGAGAAUACAUUUGUUUGGGUUGUGUCUCUACAGCAGUAAUUUACAUUGUAAUUUACCUCAUGCUGUAAAGACUGUCCGCAAAGUCACAAUAGUCACAAUAUACUUUACAAUAUCUGCCUACAUUACAUUUAAUUUGGAACGUAAUGCCUUUCACCAAUGGUUACCAAUUUUUUGGGAAGCUCAUUCUAACCAUAUAAGCUGGCAACACCACCCACUUUAACAUCACCACUACUUGGGUAACCCCAUCCCUUUGCCUGUAUCUUCAUAGUUAUGCAUGAAGGAUUGAAAUUUUUAAAGUCGGGACAAGAUCCCGAUUAUUAUAAACGUUUUAGAAAACCACCUUUCUGAAACCACCAAGGGUGUGUCGCAGCCAAACGAGUUCAUUUGGUAGCCUAAUUUUCGCUUCUAAAGUAAAGAUUGUUGCACAACAUGAGUUGGCAAUCAAGAUGUAGGAUUCAGUUGUGCUGUGACAAUGACCCAUUACACGCAGAUAUCCUCGAAAUGAAACACUAGACGGGUACAAUUUCGUGGACAGUUUGUCAAAAGUGGGCAGUAAUGUAUUUGUUGCAGUAAUUUGCACAUGAGGUCAACGCUGCCUUUCCUGUAUGGAACUGUGGGAAUUCAUGUUUUGCCGUUAACACAAUAAAACAAAAUUGUGACAGGCGUCCUUUA